CGUUAGCAGAAUAGGUAGGUCAACAGGACCCGUGUCUUUCUCAGAUUGAAAGUUUCCCCUUUAUUUAGAAAACGGGAAUAUUUACCUACGUGGAGAGGAGCACGGGCCGUCGUUUCACACUGAGAGUGCGGUUAGCCCAAGUUGAGUUGAAAACACGACAUAUAAAAUGAAGCCACUGACAGUGCUGCUCGUGGCGUGUGUAUUGGUGGCCCUGGUACACUGGCACGGCGCGUCCGGCUUCAGCGGGCGCCGCAGAACGACGACCAGUAGUCGCCGCCGGACAACCGUACUGGUACCCAGUACAAGUCGCCGUCGGACGACAAUAGUGUCCAGUGGCCGAAGAAGGUCAUCUCUGUCCAGUAGGGUUGUGCGGACCGGUGUCCGGCUUGUUGGAUCUCGCCUAUUGAGUAGCGGACGGCGUCGUCGGUCCCGUCGUUCCAGUAACCGGCGUCUGUUCAACCAGCAGUGUCAGCAGUGCACGCCUGGAUACGUCGCCUUCGAUCCUGUCACCAAUAAAUACAGACUACAGACGUACGGUUCCAUCUCCGAAGAGGCCCAGCUGAUGAGGAUCUGCCGCAGUGGAAGCGUGGCGUGUAACAGCGGCAGGUGUUCUAUCAACUACCUGUACAGUAACGGCACCAUCACCGACUUCCCGGAUAACAUUGGCGGUGUGGACCCUUACGUCGGACGGAUUUCAAGUACUCUGGAAUCUGUGCUCAUUUGCGGCACCUUGCGGCACGCAGCGUCCCUGCAGGUCACGUUGCUGGUCCUUGCUGCAGGAGCGGCGGCGGUGUGGAUGGUCCACCGUGACUAAAGCGAAGAUUUCGUCAGAAUUCUCUACAGCAAAUUUUACCAAGUAAAAGAGCUGCUAUGUAUAGAAUGCAUUAUCUAUAGACUUAAUUUCAUAGACUAUGUCUUAUAGACAUCUUAUUUAUAAAAGAAAUGGACAUUUGAGACAUUCCUAUGAAGGGUUUUUGUUGCGUGUGUAAUGUCAUAUUAUUUACACCAGUCUAUAAUCUUAAACGAGACUAGUCUCUCUAGUUUUACUUGAGUAAAGUUAACAACUUACAAGAUUGCAACAGACGAUUAAAACUCUGAUAGCGUC